AUGAUUUUUAGGAUCCUGUUAUGUGCUUUGGUCAUUAGUGGUGCCAAUUCCAGCUUGACCACCAACACCAAUUUCCCUGGGACUACAUUUCCAGAUCCAAAUGAAGCCAGUAUUGAAGAUCUUGCAGAAGGUCUCAAGGAUAAAGAGUUCACCAGUGUCGAUUUGAUCAACGCCUAUACAGCCCGGAUCAACGACGUCAAUGAUGCCUUGAAUGCAGUGGUCGAAAUCAACCCGGACGCCAUACUUAUUGUCUCUAUGCUCGAUAAUGAGCGAUCAAUGGGUACGCUUCGCGGUCCUUUGCAUGGAAUCCCUAUUUUGAUUAAAGAUGUAAUCGCCACAAACGAUAAAAUGAACAAUACUGCUGGAUCCCACGCACUAAGCGGGGCUAAAGUACCUGCAGAUUCAACCAUCGCGAGGAAACUUCGAGAAGCUGGAGCCAUUAUCUUAGGAAAGACGAAUCCCAGUCAAUGGGGCCAUUUCAGAUCAUUCAGUAUCAGUAACGGCUGGUCAGCUCGUGGUGGACAAACAUAUGGACCAUAUCUUCCCCGGCAAGAUCCCUCUGGUAGUUCGAGUGGUAGCGCGGUGGCAGCGACACUGGGAUUAGCAACAGUUUGCUUGGGUGCGGAAAUUAGUGGUUCGAUCAUAGCACCUUCUCAUUAUAACAAUAUUGUUGGUAUAAAGCCAAUCCCAGUCAGCGAACACAUGGAUACUAUAGGGCCGAUGACGAAGACUGUCAAAGAUGCCGCUUAUGCUCUUCAGAGCAUCGCAGGUGUUGAUCCUUUGGAUAACUAUACCUCUGCGAUUCCGUGUGGAGCUAACAUGGACUUUGUCAAUGCGUGUAACAUCUCGGCUCUCAAAGGUACUCGAUUGGGCGUACCUCGAAAUGUAAUUUCACUCAUGUCAGAUAACAGUACGGGAUCAAUGCUUGAGGCUUUCAACAAAUCUUUGGCAAUUCUACGAUCAGCUGGAGCCGUUAUUAUCGAAAAUACCGAUUUUCCAACUGCACAAGAAUCCAUCGAUAAUGGUUUAUUGACGGUCCAAAUUGUUGCAGCAGAUUUUGUUGUAGCUGUGGAGAAAUAUCUAAAUUUACUAGUGUACAAUCCGCACAAUAUAGCAGACUUACCCGAUCUACGCGAAUGGACUCAAUCUAGCCCACUAGAGGGCUAUCCAAAUAAACCUACGGACGUUUAGGAUGCAGCACUACAAAACUGGAAUAACACCGAUUAUGAAUUUUGGCGUACUUACCAACGAGCCCUAGACUGGGGCAAUGAAGGAGGUUUACUGGGAGUAAUUGAGCGAUAUAAACUUGACGCUGUUGUUUUACCGUCUUUAUUCUCUUCAAACUGGGCUGCUGUUGUUGGCGCGCCUAUCAUAUCGGUCCCGAUGGGAGCGAUGCCUUCUGAUCAGCCUAUAGUAUCUGAUGCUGAUGGAUUAGUAUCUGCAGGGCCUAAUAUUCCAUUCGGCUUCAGCUUCUUAGGAGCAAGAUUUACAGAUGCAAAACUCAUUGGGCUAGCCUAUGCCUUUGAGCAAAUAACAUUGAAAAGGAGAACGGUGAAUCCGUACAUCAAGCCGAGGACCGAUCUUAGAGAUGUGGUUGGGAUGAAUUGCCAGUAG